CCUCGAGCCUCCCGGGCGAUUCCCAAAGCAGCGGCACCGCUUUUUAUGCUGGUCUGCAACCCGCGCUACUCGUUCCUCAUCGCCUCGGGAUAUUUCAUUAGCCGGUGAUGUUGUUAAUUUGCGGGUGCGGAUGAGACGGUUGUGACCUGCGUGCCUCGGGGACAUGCUCAAGGACCAGGACGAAGGAGGCCUUCAGGGGCCCGGCAGCUACGACGCGUGCUACGGCUGCGGGGGUCGCAUCAAAGACCGUUUCUUCCUGCUGGCCGUGGACGAGCAGUGGCACUCGGGGUGCCUCAAGUGCUGCGAGUGCAAGACGCCCCUUGGCCCCGACGGCACCUGCUUCGUCAAGGAGAGCAACAUCUACUGCAAGAAGGACUAUUACAGAUUGUUCGCGUCGAAAAGAUGUGCCCGUUGCCAGGCGGCCAUCUCCGCCCACGAACUGGUGAUGCGUGCCCGCGACCUCGUGUACCACGUGGGCUGCUUCAGGUGCGCCCACUGCGAGCGGCCGUUGUCCAGAGGCGACCACUUUGGCAUGAGGGACAGCCUCGUCUUCUGCAGGGUGCACUACGAGGAGCUCCAGGUCUUUGCACCACAUUCUGAUCUCAACCACCCUUUACACUCCAUGAGCUCAGGGUUAGUUCUUGGUGAAUGUUGUGGAGAGGAAGAGGAGAUGUCUGACUUCACGGCUGCUGGGCACACCGUGGCCGCUGACCUGCCGAUAGGGUCGCCAAGCAGAACGGGUUUCUUCAACGGCAGCACCGGCGGCCAGAAAGGUCGGCCGAGGAAAAGAAAAUCUCAGGACGCAGACCUGCAGAGCGUCGGUCUUCGAAUUCCACCUGUUUUGGCAUUCUGCUCUUUUCCGUCAGAAAUGCUGCACCCCGGCGAGCUGGCAGGUCCGUUGGAGCAAUUAGCGUUUGACUCAUCGUCGGCGUCCUCGCCGGGCAACCCUGGAACUGGCUCCGGAGGUCACCAACAAUCAGGGCAGCGGACCAAGCGGAUGAGGACCUCGUUCAAGCACCACCAGCUGCGCACCAUGAAGUCGUACUUUGCAAUCAACCAGAAUCCGGACGCCAAGGAUCUCAAACAGUUGGCCCAAAAGACGGGCCUCUCGAAACGAGUUUUGCAGGUUUGGUUUCAAAACGCGCGGGCCAAGUGGCGACGCAACAUGAUGCGGCAGGAGAACCACCAGCAGCCGCAGCCGCCCCCGCAGAUCGACCCCAACAGCCUAGGGCCGAGCUCGGUGUCGUCGCAACCCCUUGACCUGGGACCGCAGCCGCAGCUGGUGGACGACAACUCGGUGGGCAGUCACCCCGCGCUGGCCUUUGGCGAACUCUACUGACACCACUUGCAUCGGGUGAUGUGGGAGUCGCUCGUCCGGACACUCAAACAGUGAUACCCAAAGACACACGCACAUAUCAGUCAUCCUAUUAAAAAUUAAAAAAAAAACACUUGAAGAAGGAGGAGUGUAAAAUAUAAAUUAUUGAAAUCUAAGUCAACGUAAGAAAUUUGUGGAAAAAAUUAAAAUUGUCAAAAUUUGAUUAAAAUAAUAAUUUCUCUCUAUAAUAGUGUAGUUGUGUGUGCUGAAAUAAAUAAAAGUCAAUGUGGAUGUCCAUUGUGAUUAAUAGGAUAUGCAUUGCUUAGCAUAAUAACGAUUACUAUACCAGUGUGGGCGCACGCAGAAAGCUCUGUUGUAUAAGUGUAUAUCAAAGAAAGUAUAAAUGAAUAAUUCAACCACACAACAUGUUUAAGUAGUCUGAUAAUCAUUUUUAAUUUAAUUUAAAGUCACAGUGGACUACUGCUUAUUAUUUUAUAAAAAGUGAACAACUACACAUUCCUUAAUAAUAUUUAAUAAAUUGUUAUAACUCUCAAUAACUAUAGAAGUUUUGUUUAGUUGAAAGCAUUUAUUUCAAUUUUGUUUUGAACAAAUUGCUGUAAUUGUGCUAGUGAGCAACUAGGCUACUUAUUUGGUGUGUUUGCUGAUGGACACAUAAACAAAAAUAAAGCUGAUAUCAAAGUUAAACCGAAAGAAACCCAUCAUGAUUUUUAUUACACCCCGAA